CAAAGCUGGCACGAAAUUCAAAUUGGAAAAGUGACACAGUGAAAUUGAAAUAUUAUUUAAAAUACAAAAGACGUUUCUGCGUGAAAAUUCUGUUCAAAAAUUUAUUGAAAAUUACGUAAACGAAGAUAUUUCAAAAUGUCGUCUGAGUGGUGUACCUGCUAUAACACGAAACCAGAAGAGAAAUCAUGUGGCUGUAUAGAUGUCGAGGAAAAGGAAUGUGUUUGUCUUCCGCCCUCGAAAGAGAAACUGACUUCCUUUAUGGAAGUCACGAAGCGCAAAGAAAUUGACGAAAGCAAGUAUGGGCGUGUUUUUGGUGUUUCUGGUCCAGUGGUAACUGCUGAGAAUAUGUCGGGCUCCGCUAUGUAUGAAUUGGUUCGUGUUGGAUAUUUUGAACUCGUCGGCGAAAUUAUACGUCUGGAAGGUGAAAUGGCGACUGUGCAAGUUUAUGAGGAGACUUCAGGUGUUACCGUCGGUGAUCCUGUUUUAAAGACCGGUAAGCCGCUCUCUGUAGAAUUGGGUCCAGGUAUAAUGGGUGGCAUUUUCGAUGGAAUUCAGCGUCCGCUGCGCAUUAUAAACGAACUCACAAGUUCUAUUUACAUCCCGAAGGGUGUGAAUGUUACAAGCUUGUCACGCGAUAUAAGUUGGGAAUUUCGCCCAGGCAAGGUAUCAAUUGGUUCACAUUUGACUGGCGGUGACAUUUUUGGUUACGUACAAGAAAACACAUUAGUAAAUCAUAAGAUUUUAAUGAAUCCGCGUGCAAAAGGUACUGUAAAAUAUAUAGCUCCACCGGGUCAAUAUACUGUCGACGAAGUAGUACUUGAGACCGAGUUUGAUAAUGUUGUUACCAAACAUACCAUGUUGCAAGUAUGGCCGGUGCGUCAGCCGCGUCCAGUUAAUGAGAAAUUGCCGGGAAAUCAUCCAUUGUUGACUGGACAACGGAUAUUGGAUUCACUUUUUCCAUGUGUUUUGGGUGGCACAACGGCAAUACCAGGUGCAUUCGGUUGUGGCAAGACAGUUAUUUCACAGUCUUUGUCGAAAUAUUCCAACUCUGAUGUCAUAAUAUAUGUCGGAUGUGGAGAACGUGGUAAUGAAAUGUCAGAAGUAUUACGAGAUUUUCCCGAACUAUCUGUUGAAAUUGAGGGAGUUACAGAAUCUAUAAUGAAGCGUACCGCUCUGGUAGCUAACACCUCCAACAUGCCUGUCGCGGCACGCGAAGCUUCUAUUUACACUGGUAUCACACUCUCCGAAUACUUCCGAGAUAUGGGUUACAACGUAUCAAUGAUGGCUGAUUCCACCUCACGUUGGGCUGAGGCUCUACGUGAAAUUUCCGGUCGUUUGGCUGAAAUGCCUGCCGAUUCCGGUUACCCCGCUUACUUGGGUGCUCGUCUCGCUUCCUUUUACGAGCGUGCUGGACGCGUCAAAUGUUUAGGUAAUCCUGAACGUGAAGGCUCCGUCUCCAUUGUCGGUGCAGUAUCGCCACCCGGUGGUGAUUUCUCAGACCCUGUAACCUCCGCCACACUCAGUAUUGUGCAAGUAUUUUGGGGGUUAGAUAAAAAGUUGGCGCAACGAAAGCAUUUCCCAUCAGUAAACUGGCUCAUAUCAUAUUCAAAAUAUAUGCGUGCGUUGGACGAAUAUUAUGAAGAACAUUUUCCGGAAUUCGUGCCUCUACGUUUGAAAGUCAAAGAAAUUCUGCAAGAAGAAGAAGACUUAUCAGAAAUCGUACAGCUUGUGGGUAAAGCUUCAUUGGCCGAGACCGAUAAAGUAACUUUGGAGGUUGCCAAGUUGAUUAAAGACGAUUUUCUGCAGCAGAACUCAUAUUCGACAUAUGAUCGCUAUUGUCCAUUCUACAAGACCGUUGGCAUGCUCAAUAACAUAAUUACUUUCUACGAUCUAUCACGUAACGCUAUAGAAAGCACAAUUUCGGAUGAAAAUCGUGUUACCUGGAAUGAGAUACGCCAAGAAAUGGGCAAUAUACUGUACGAAUUAUCAUCCAUGAAAUUUAAGGAUGCACAUAAAGAUGGAGAACGAAGAAUCAUGCGCGAGUACAAGAAACUUAAUGACGAUAUGCAAGCGGCUUUUAGUCGAAUGUUGGAAUAAAUUCAUUUGGUAAAACUGUUUCGUUUUUGAUUUCAAAUUCAACUUAUUGUAUAACACUAAUGAUACCGUUUUUAAUAUUUUUAUAUGAUUGCAUAACACAUACACAGAAAUAAAAAACUUAGAAUUUCCAUUUGCUGAACUUGUAACUGAAUAACGGUCAACUUUUAAAUUUUUACUCACAGUUUUGGUUUGUUUUGAGAUUUAAUUUUUUAUAACAAUAAUAAACGAUUUAAAUUAAAAUUUUUAUUUCAAAUAUUUUCAAUUAUUUACCGUUACGAAAUAGCAUUCGUUGAGAAAGAUGCUGAGAAUGAAAUUACAUACAUAAAAAAGAAGCACGGAUGGUAUAUGUACAUAUGUCACGUGUUUUAAAAUCCUGACACGCCUUUUAAAAAUUUAUAUACAUACCUACAUUACACAUAAUUUUGUAUGCCAAACUCAUUUCACAGAACCGUUAAACUAAGUAUAGAAUUUGAAUUCGAAAUUUUGUUUGCUUGCCGAAAAGGUGUUUCUUACGCCCCUGAAGAAUUAAACUCUAUUUUACGGUAUUUUCUAACAAAGCAGUAAAAUGAAGUACAUACAAAUUAUUUCGUCCGGUGAAAUGUGUUUACAAAUUUUGCAUGUGAGCAAAAAUUGAAAAAACAAACCAAAAACAAAAAAAAGCGAUUACCCGCAAUAAACUGCUAGCAAGUUUUUAAUAGCCACCUGUAUUCAUACAUAUAUAAAUGUUGUGUGUGUACGUGUGCACACAACCCUUUACCGAAUUCUGGUAUUGUUACAAUGUUCCAUUUAACUGCCCAGUGCAAACUAUCUUGUCAAAAAAAAAAAAGCUUAGACUUUUCACUGCUAUCCACUUAUUAUCCCAUUAAGCGCCAUGGUUACAAUAUGUCCUGCAGUUAUUGCUUUAGUCCGCAUUUCUGGCACUGGUACUGGCGCUCAGCACCUCGUCAAGUCACUUUACGGUUUUAUUUCACCCAACCGUGGCCAGAAGAAGUGGAGCCUUCGCAAGUUUAUUACGCUAUCAAAAUCAAGC